CAUCCAUCCAUCCAUCCAUCCAUCCCUAAAAAUCAAGGCUACACACCAACUUACUUUCUAGGUCUCAAAUUAAAUGGCCUCCUCGUCCUCCUCCUUGCUGCUGGCGUCGAUGGCGGUGGCGGCACUCUUUGUCGUCGGCUCGUGUGGCGGCGCGCUCACCUUCACGAUCGGCAAGGACUCCAGCUCCACCAAACUAUCCCUCGUCACUAACGUUGCCAUCUCCGAGGUGUCGGUCAAGGAGAAGGGCGCCCUGGACUGGUCGGAUGAUCUCAAGGAGUCGCCAGCCAAAACCUUCACCCUCGAUAGCAAGGAGCCGAUUAAGGGCCCCAUCUCCGUCCGCUUCGCUGUGAAAGGUGGUGGCUACCGCGUCGUUGAUGACGUCAUCCCUGCCGACUUCAAGCCUGGCUCUGUUUACCAGACAGGCGAACAAAUCUGAGUAAUGGAUUCUGCUGCGUGCAGAUUAUAUUGAUCUCUAAAAUAAAUGUUUGACAGAGACUAAUUAAGCACACAAACAAAGCAAGACACUAAUUCAUUUCCUAUGUUUACUUUGUGGUAGGCAACUGCAAAACAAUGUAUUGUAUGCAUGUUCUCCUCUCACAUAUGUUGUUGGUGUGCUGUAUAUAUAAUUAAUUUCUUAACUUUUUUUCAGGCACAUAUGUAUGUUGA